AUGCGAUCAUUUUUUAUUGCAUUACUUAUUUUACUUCUUGUUUCAUAUUGGGCUCAUGUUUUUGUUACACAUGAAUUAAAUUCUUCAAAUGAAUUAGUUAAUUUAGUUCUUGAACAAAAAUUUAUUGGUAUAUGUGAAUGUCGAUGUUGUCUUUUAACUGGUACAUUAUGUGAAUCUAUUAUACGACAAAGUUUACCAUUCAAGAAUGAAUUUUCUUGUAAUUUAUGUACAAAUGAUUUUUGUACAAUGAAUAUUAGUACAACAGAACAAUGUCAAUUAAUGUAUACAAUGAAAGCAGAUUGUUUUCAAUAUGAACCGCGUGAAAAAUCUUCAUUAUUUGUUAGUGUACGUCCUAUUUUACAGUAA